AUGGAGGAGCAGUGGCUCUACUGUGAGCCCCUCCCAAACGAUUCAACUCCUCACACUAUCUCUAAGGAAGAGGCCAGUCACCCUUUGCAAAAAAUUGUAAUAAUCCUCAAGACACACAAGACAGCAAGCAGCACAGUGCUCAACAUGCUGUACCGCUUUGGAGAGGAACGCAACCUUCGCUUUGCGCUCCCACUGGGCUACCAGCUGAGGUACCCACUACCUUUCAAUGCUCACAGAGUCAAAGGUUAUCGAGGUCCCCGAGCCACGGAGUUUCACAUCAUGGGCAAUCACAUGAGGUUUAAUAAGCCAGAGGUGGAGAAAGUGAUGCCUGCAGACACAUUCUACUUUUCUAUCAUCAGGGAUCCUGUCGCGCUGGCCGAGUCCUCUUUUGCUUAUUACAAAGAAGUAGCUCCUGCCUUUCGGAAGGCAAAGGGGCUGGGAGACUUUGUCGACGACCCAAAUAAAUACUAUGACCCUCGUCUUUGCAACAACCACUAUGCCCGCAACCUGCUUUGGUUUGAUUUUGGCAUGGACAAUAAUGCUAAUUUCUCAGUGGAAUUAGCUCAGCAUGGUGAGGCCAUGAUCCGCCAGACAUUCAGACUGAUUCUUGUGUCCGAGUACUUUGAUGAGUCUAUGAUCCUGCUGAGACAUGCCCUCUGCUGGCCACUGGAUGCUGUAGUCUCAUUUAGCCUUAACGCUCGUCAGCAAAAGUCCGGCAGCAACAGCGUAAUGAGCGGAAGCUGGGUCGGCAAAGCUGCCGUAGCGGCUGGCGUCGGUGCUAGAGCUGGACGCUCACAAGGCAAGAUGUUGCCCAAUCUGUCGCUAACGGAUCGUCAGCGCGAGAAGUUACGCCAGUGGAACGCCUUAGAUUGGUACCUAUACAAAACCUUCAACCGCACGUUCUGGGAGGAUAUCGACAAGUUUGGUCGUGCCCAGAUGGAGCAAGAAGUAGCUCUUCUCAGAAUGCGGCGGGAAAUCCUGGGCCGGGUUUGUCUGAAGGAUGGUGGAAAGCCCGUAGAAGCGUACCGGAUACGCGACAAAAAUAUCCGACCCUUUCAGUGCGGAGUAGUAAAGAUUCUUGGAUACGAGCUCCAGCCGGGUCUCGACAAUGCUACCAGGACGGCCUGA